GCGUCAAAACAGCAUGGCGGCUGGAUUUAAAACUGCAGAGCCCCUAGAGUACCACAGGAGUUUUCUGAAAGAGAACUGCCGGCCAGACGGAAGAGAACUUGGCGAAUUCAGAACAACAACUCUGAAUAUAGGCUCCAUAUCGACUGCUGACGGCUCAGCCUUAGUGAAGAUCGGGAACACCACUGCCAUUUGUGGCAUCAAAGGGGAAUUGGCAUCUCCACCAGCUGAUGCACCCAACAAAGGUUAUAUAGUGCCCAAUGUGGACCUGCCACCAUUGUGCUCCUCCAGGUUCCGUCCAGGUCCCCCAGGGGAACAAGCACAGGCUGCUAGCCAGUUCAUCGCAGAUGUCAUCGAGAGUUCUGAGGUGAUAAAGAAAGAAGAUAUAUGCAUUGAAAAAGGAAAGCUCUGCUGGGUGCUGUACUGUGACAUUAUGUGCCUCGACUAUGAUGGGAACUUGUUGGAUGCUUCCCUCAUCGCCCUGUUGGCAGCUCUAAAGAAUGUACAACUUCCAGAAGUUACCAUAAACAAAGAAACAGACCUGGCAGAAGUGAACCUACAGAAGAAGCAGCACCUGAACAUUUCUAAACAUCCAAUUGGCUCAUCAUUUGCUGUAUUUGAUGACUCCAUUGUCAUCGUGGAUCCCACUUCUGAGGAAGAGAGCUUAUCGACAUCCAUGAUGACAGUGGUAACGGAUGAGGACGACAGACUGUGCACACUCCACAAACCGGGUGGAACUUCGCUGUCUGGUGAGAAACUUCAGGACUGCAUCAGUCGAGCUAUGACGCGGCAUCGUGAGGUCAGCAAGCUGAUAGAUACGGUCAUUCUCAGCGUCAAGCCCCAGAAGUGAGACCACACAGGACAAUUUUUUUUUCUAAAACUUGUAUUUUCCACUG